AUGUGCAAAUACGAAGCCGACCAGUACACUGGCCGCCUCAGCUGUGGCCAUGUAUUCCUUACAAAGAUCGAAAGAUGCAACGAAGCCCUCCAACGACCCAACCAAGAACCCUGCGGAGGCUACCAGCCAGGAGCCCUUGAUCCAAACGCCUCGGAUCCCGGCGAUGUCUGGCGCUAUAUCAAAAAGGGUGGAAAGAAGCUGGUCGAUGGACCCUGUCCGCAAUGCAUAGAGGAUGGCUACGAGGAUAUAACCCGGUUUCUUCCAUUUCCCUUCGAACCGAGUCCUCUGAAGCGGUUUUUGAAGGGAAGAUCGAAGAAGAAGGAUUCAAUGUAUCAGCCACAGAGAUGGUAUUCGGGCUAA